GUGCGUCACAUCAAGUCUCCACCGUAGCUGUUUUCUUGACAGAUGAUCACUCUCAUUCGUCAACUGAGGCUUCUUGCAUUUUGCCCCUCCAUGUACACACCAUGUAUGGGGAAAGUGCCCGUUAAGGUGUGGGGAGGGGGGAGGUCCCCAGCUCCAAAAGAAACCGGGCACACCUGUUCAUGGGACGAUUCUUCUCCGCAGUCUCCUUCGCGCAAGUUACCUACCUCACUGGUAUUAUAAGACCCAUCCCGCCCAUCUAUCUCCCGAAAGGAGAAGACGAAAUUCUGGCAGUGUGCAUGUAAGUGGCACUUAUUUCCUCGUUGAUUGCCAAAGUUGUGCAGAUGCAGAUUAGUUACCUAAUUAUCCAGAAAACAGAAGCUCGAUGGAUGCCAAAGAACGGUUUUACCGCCAGUUCCAGGCAACGACAGCCCGACUCCAGGAGCAGAUUAGCCAGCUCCCAACUCUCUCGGUCGCCGGGGGCGAGCGCCAAGAUGCCAUCGAGCAUGUACUUGCUGGCAUCUCGCGUCUUUCGAGUGAGGUUGCUGACUCCAGCGACUAUCUGCCAGCUUACGACCAGCGCACUUACUCGCAGACGCUCAAGACGCUGAACGACCAGUUCAACGAUGCCAUAGCCACACUCACACCCAAGAAUCGCUUCCAGUUCAAACCUCGUGCUGCUGCUCAAGCCACUGCCGCUACCGAUCGUAGGCAGGACAGUCGGCAUCUAGUUCCCACGGCCAACGACGGCCUCGCGGCCGAGACAACUACACCUAGCACCACAUCCACGUCCGAUUCCCUUGAGCCUUCAGAUACCCUUAGCUCUCUCCCAGUAUUUUCUGGGAAGAAUUACAACGAGGAAGUUGCGCGACCUACAGCAUCUGGGAUCCGUAAGCCGAGCUUCUCAGCUGCUCGUGAUAUUGUCUUGUCUGACCAUGACCGCCUGCACAUCAUUCUCCCUUCGUCGGCGGCACGGGCGACCUCGGCCGGCGCCCUUACGAAUCUCCGCGGUUGUGUUGUGGACAUGUCGGUACCGACAAACGUCUCCGAAGGCGCUCCGUUUGCAAGCUUGGCAUUAAAAAACAUACAAGGAAGCGUCGUAGUAGCAGGCCAUGUAAACGGCCCGGCACACAUCACUGGCGUCCACAAUAGCAUACUGGUGGUGCUGGCACGACAGGUCCGGAUACAUGAAUGCGAGAAUGUCGACCUGUACCUUCACAGCACAAGCCAUCCAAUCAUUGAAGACUGCAAGGGGAUGAGAUUUGCACCAGCCCCGACAUACUAUAUUUCCAGCAGAGAUGAACAAGAAAAAAACCAGUGGGAUCAAGUUGAUGAUUUCAAAUGGCUGAAAAGCGACCACUCGCCAAACUGGAGCAUCCUGCCGGAAACCGAGCGCAUCCCAGUAGAUGUCUGGAAGAGCGUCCCCGGGGCGCCUGGGGUGGGUGUGGAAGAUAUCCUAAAGAAAGUAGGUCUCUGAAUUUGAGCGAAACGGGAGAAUAGGCUAGAUUCAAAUGGCAGACUGUAAAAUAACCCAAAAGGAAGGCAUCUUUAAAAGGGUAUCGAUUGUGUCGGUAUUAGGAGGUUUUCCGGAAGCGUGAUACCAGUCCCAAAGCUUAAUCUAGCAUUGAUUAUAAUAUUAGGCAGCCAAAUUUUCUAUCUGCCAGCCGGCUCGUUCUGAACCCUCGGUUAGAGAAAACGGCCCGCAGCGAUGG